CCACUUGUCCUCAGGAGAUGUCUUGACGGAUUUAAUAUACUGCUUCCAUGUGGUGUACUGUGUAUGGACAGAGUUUGCUUGCUAAAUAUUUUGAAUGGAGCGCUGCAUACUUAGUUUAUUGUGUUUUAGAAUGGCGCUCUGUGUACUUUAGUUCAGUGUGUUUCCUGUUUUACUCCCUAUUUCACACAUUCCACUCAUUAGGUUGGAUUUGGAGAUCUGGGCCAUUUUUCAACUAUUUGGUUCAGAUGCAUGACUUCAUAGUUGUUGAGGCCAAGCUGGAAUUCAACUCAGUCUUGCACAGUGUGUACCCUGACUUAUCAGACCCUAUUGUUUUUUAUGUCUGUGUAGAACGUCAUGGUUAAAAGGAAGUGUAAUAGGAAGUAAUGAUGCCUUACAGUAAAUUAUUUACUGGUAACCAUUAGCUACUGACCACCACAGACUUCCACUGAUGGUUCCAGUCACUUAUUGUACAUGCAUAACGUGGGUGUAGCCAGCUAGUCAUUCUUUUGUUUUAUAGGCUCCGUGAAUGAGUUGUUACUUUUUCAUGUAUGGAGAAAAUGUAAUCUUCCGGCAAGUAGAUUGCUCUCUCCAUGCCCACUCUCAACUUUCUUUUUAAAUGCCUCUUUCAUCCUCUCCUUCACUGUCUUUAUUUCACUCUUGUCCCUCUCUCCCUGGCAGUCGGUAAGCCCCUUUCAGCAGCUGCCCAGACAUGUUGUGGAGGUUGUUGGCAGCUGUUGAGGAGCCCUGUGAGCGAGUGAGGCUCAGGCAUGUUGUGUGGGUGGAGGCCCGCAGUAUCUUUCCGACCACGCCGACAGACAGCCCCUCCCCGCACCUCCUACACUCUUUAUAUACAGGCAGGGGAAAAAAAGCCAAGUAGAAAGUUCAUGUUGGACCUAGUCCUCACAUCUCAGAUUAGUGUGUGUGGAAAGUGAAGUGAAGUGGACAGGCAGAGUAUGUAUUUGAGGACCCUUCAACCCAGCAGCAGUUUUGAGGAAGAGUGGGUUAGGCUGACAGGCCGGCCCUAUACUGGGGCAAAGGAUGUGGACGGGCCUAGACUCUCAGAGGCCCUCCACCGGCCCUUCGGCCUGGACUCGGCAGCAUUGACGGAGGCGGUACGCUGGAGCUCCAAGGAGAACCUGCUGGGUGCUGCCGAGAGCGAUCCCAACCUCUUUGUUGCACUUUAUGACUUUGUUGCCAGUGGCGACAACACGCUGAGCAUCACGAAAGGUGAGAAGCUAAGGGUGCUCGGUUACAACCAGAAUGGGGAGUGGAGCGAGGUGCGCUCGAAGAACGGCCAGGGCUGGGUGCCAAGCAACUACAUUACGCCCGUCAACAGCCUGGAGAAGCACAGCUGGUACCACGGGCCUGUGUCGCGCAGCGCAGCAGAAUACCUGCUCAGCAGCCUCAUCAACGGUAGCUUCCUGGUCCGGGAGAGCGAGAGCAGCCCAGGACAGCUGUCAAUCUCCCUGCGCUACGAGGGAAGAGUCUACCACUACCGCAUCAACACUGCUUCAGAUGGCAAGGUGUACGUCACGGCAGAGAGCCGCUUCAGCACCCUGGCCGAGCUGGUGCACCACCACUCCACCGUGGCCGACGGCCUGGUCACCACACUCCACUACCCGGCGCCCAAGUGCAACAAGCCCACCGUCUACGGCGUGUCGCCCAUCCACGACAAGUGGGAGAUGGAGCGCACCGACAUCACCAUGAAGCACAAACUGGGUGGGGGGCAGUACGGAGAGGUGUACGUGGGAGUCUGGAAGAAAUACAACCUCACCGUCGCAGUUAAAACACUGAAGGAGGACACCAUGGAGGUGGAGGAGUUCCUGAAAGAGGCAGCAGUCAUGAAGGAGGUGAAACAUCCCAACCUGGUGCAGCUGCUAGGUGUGUGUACUUUGGAGCCUCCCUUCUACAUCGUGACAGAGUACAUGCCUCACGGCAACCUGCUGGACUACCUGAGGGAGUGUGACCGGGAGGAGGUAAACGCUGUGGUGCUGCUCUACAUGGCCACGCAGAUCUCCUCCGCCAUGGAGUACCUGGAGAAGAAGAACUUCAUCCACCGGGACCUGGCGGCCAGGAACUGUCUGGUGGGGGAGAACAGCGUGGUGAAGGUGGCUGACUUUGGGCUGAGCAGGCUGAUGACUGGCGACACGUACACAGCCCACGCCGGAGCCAAGUUCCCCAUUAAGUGGACAGCCCCGGAAAGUCUGGCCUACAACACCUUCUCUAUCAAGUCUGAUGUGUGGGCUUUCGGUGUGCUGCUGUGGGAGAUAGCGACGUACGGUAUGUCUCCGUACCCAGGGAUCGACCUGUCUCAGGUAUACGACCUGCUGGAGAAGGGCUACCGCAUGGAGCAGCCAGAGGGCUGUCCACCUAAAGUCCAUGAGCUGAUGAGGGCCUGCUGGCAAUGGAGCCCGUUGGACCGACCUUCGUUUGCCGAGACCCACCAGGCCUUUGAGACAAUGUUCCACGAUUCCAGCAUCUCCGAAGAGGUAGCAGAGGAGCUGUGUAAGACUGCCGCCUCUGGCCAUGCCCCGUCACCACACCCCUUCAGCCACGACAUGCCACUGCUGCCCUCGAAGUCGCGCACUCUCAAGAUGCACGCGGAGAACAAGGAGAACAUCGAGGGGGGUUUGGAUGGCAGGCAGGAGCCCAGCACACACGGCCCCUCAGGUCUGGCAGCCACUCUGCUGGCAGGGGAUGGCCGGUCAGGCAGCUCUCCUGCUCUGCCUCGGAAACAGAGGGACAAAUCCCCCAGCAGCCUCUUGGAGGACUCCCAGGAGACCAUGUUCACACGGGACCGCAAGGCUGGCUUCUUCAGCUCCUUCAUGAAGAAGAAGUCUCCUUCAUCCCAGCUGCAGCAGAGCCUGCCCAUGCCGCCUAAGAGGAGCAGCUCGUUUCGAGAGAUGGAGACCCAGCCUCACAAGAAGUACGAGCCCACGGCUGGCUUCAGCGCUCCUCCCCUUCCCCAGGCGGACGGCCUGGGCUUCUCACCGUCCCAUGGAGAGGGGAACCAUGUCCAGUCACGGUGCUGUGGGGCCACUUUUGGACAAAAGUCCUCUGCCAACCACACCUCUGGGGCCCCGCCCUUGCAGGUGGGCAGUAGUAGCAGCAGCUGGGCAGGCCUGGCAGGUUUCUUCACCCCUCGCCUCAUCAAAAAGACCUUAGGGCUACGGACUGGCAAGUCCACUGGGACCGAAGAGGGAGGUGGGGGGACCAAACCAUUCCCCAGGUCCAACUCCACCUCCUCCAUGACUGCAGGGCUGCCUGACCUGGAGAGGAUGGCUCUGACUUUACCCAGAAACCGCAGUAAACCUCCUCUAGAGCGCACUGCCUCCACCACCUCGCAGCCUGAGAACGGGGCAGCACACACCUCUGAGACCCUUCUUCGUAAGAUGGAUGAGGGCACGGCUCAGAUCAGGGACCGGCCUAAAGCCAAGUUGCUUCCCCGAGGGGUGGGGGGGUGCUCUGGGGGGGUGAGGGCACCUGGGGUUGGGAGUGAGGCCGAUUUGGAUUGUCACUCGGGGGCUCUACGGUGUAGGGAGGGUCAGGAGGCAGGAGGACAGGACCGACAGGGAUGGACGUCCCCCUCCAAAACAGUGGGAUCAGGCCCGUUGGCGGCUCCACACAACCACAAGGUUCCCGUGCUGAUCUCGCCUACACUCAAGCAUAGCCCAGCCGAUGUGCACCUGGUGGGGAUGGACUCUCAGGGGAACCGCUUCAAACUGCUAUCGGAGCACCAGGCGGACCGGGACCGACCACGACUGGUCAAACCGAAAUGUGCUCCCCCUCCCCCUCCAACCCUGCGCCUCAUUGGGCACUCCUACAGCGGGGAUGGGGAGGAACAGGUCGUAGGGGCUGUGGAGGUCAACGGUGAUGGGGUGAAAAGGCCGGGACGAGCAAGGGAAGUGGGAACCGGGAGACCAUCAGUGCCACCACCACAAGUGCCUCCACCAACUUCAGCCUCCUCCUUUUCCUCUGCCAACAACACUAACACUACCCCCACUAAGAUGGCCAACGGUGCCACAAGCACUGCCUCUUCCACAGCCCCCUCUGGUGGCUCUAAGCCUCUGCGUCGGACUCGACAGCAGGCUGAGAGGGUUCAACCGGAGAAGAUCAGUAAGGAGGCUUUGCUGGAGUGUGCUGAGUGCCUGAGAGGUGCCCUCCACAGCAGCCCUGAGCCCUCCUCCAGCAGCCAGGUCUUAGAUGCUGGCCACCAGCUGCUAGACUACUGCUCAGGCUACGUGGACUGCAUCCCACAGAUGCGGAACAAGUUUGCCUUCCGGGAGGCCGUGGGCAAAUUAGAGCUGAGUCUGCAGGAGCUGCGGGCAUCGUCCUCCUCUGGAAUUGGAGGGGCAUUCAGUGGCCCAGGAACUAGCCCUGCUCUGGACAACUUACACAUCUGCAUCAAAGAAAUCAGUGAUGUGGUUCAGAGGUAGCCAUCGGACCCUGUCAAAACAUUUUUCUGGUUGUGUUAACAUUUUGGGGACAGAGAACAAUCUCAGAAGUACCUCAGAAAAUCACUAAAUUGGAUCUCUUAUUGUUUACAGUUGAGUCUUUCUUAAAAAUGCCAGGGGAGAACACUGUUCUAACCUUUGUACAUAAACAUUGUUGAUACCAAACUAGAUAUGGUUCAAUUUACACCAAGUAACUGUUUUGCCCCAAGUUCAAACUUUUCCAUCUGGUUUUAAGGCCUUUCUUUUAAUCGAAUGUGGAGUGUAUCAGCUGUGUAUUUAGUCCCAGAGUGUUGGUAAAGAACAAUGUCAGUUUGCGUAUGUGUCAUUGUCGUCACCAGCCAUAAUUAUUCUCCACUUUGUUUCUUGGCUGAGUUACUAUCUUUGGUUUAUGAUCCUGGCAACUAUGAGUUCCUGUGACAGGAAGUCACUGUUCAAAACUAUUGUCACCUAGAAAAUGGAAGAGUGUUCCACUUAAUCAGGUCUACCCUUCGGCCAUUUGAUUUGGUUUGAGUAUUUCAGGAAAAUGCUCACUUAAAAUCGGAAUGGAAAAUGUAUGCAUUUUAAUAUUUAUGUCCAAAUUCCAUUGCACAUGUAUCUAAAUGUUCGGAGCUAAUGAGAAGUGAGGAAAGCGCAAGGUAACACAUGGGAAGGUGGUUUGGGGCAGUAUUCCCUGUGGCCCUUUCCCUCAGUGCCUAUAGAUUGUUAAAUGAUUGAAAAUCUGCAAACACAGCCACUCUCUGACAAAAUACUAAUCUCAACGCAAACUGCGGUAUGUCUCCAGAAAAUGAGUGAUUUUAUUUGUACAUUAUUUUCUUUUAACUUUAGAAUGUCAUUAUGUAUGAACUUGAAAUUAAAUUAACUGUUUUUUUUAUUAAAAGCACAGACCUAUUUUAAAGACGCUAUAUCCAGGAAAAGGUUCAAGGUCACUUUUGUUUGGAUAAGUAUUUGACUAUGAAAAGAAACAUUCGUAGGGAGUUUAUUGCAGGACGGAGGCCCCCAACCCGAUCUGAACAUCUGCAAAACGAAUGUCUUUUUUUUUUCUUUGAUUAUAGAAAUAUUGGAAAGUACACCUGUCAGAGUUUUGUGAUCUUAUUCCUUUGAAAAGAUAAGGUAUUUAAUCUGUCAAAGUUCUCUGGUCAUUUCAAUACCAACAUCGGUGUUCUGUUUUCGAUGAGCACUUUGGGGCCACAGAAAUGAGUGAAGAUGACUAAUAUCCCUUUUAGACGCUUUUUGAUCAUCUCUACGCAAAUAUUUCCAUUUCAUAUUGUUGGAAGUAAUUUGAUCCUGUUUGUUGUAUUGUGCACAAAUAGCAAGUCUCACCUGUGCCUGCAAUCCUUUCUCUAUAAUAAUUUGGCUAAUCAAGCAAUCAAAACAAAAAAAAGCUUGUUUAUAACGGAGUGUCCCUCGACUGAAAAUUCCCCUAAUGCCCAGUUGAGAUGUUGGAACCCUUGGUGUACACUGGAUAAAGCCUAUGAAGUAGUAGACAUUGAUUGCUAUAUUGCAUUUCGUCUUAGUAUAAACUUUAAUAGUACCGUUUAUGACACCCAAUAUUUUUCACAGUUCAUUCCAUGUCUGUUUUGGGGUACACCACCUAUUUAAUCCAGCAGAUGAGCUUCAGUGUCUCUCUGUUCAUUCAAAGGUCGUCUUGACUAAUAGGAUGUCAUGAAACUAAUUGUUUCUUUACACUGUGAGGUUCCAAAUUAAAUAAUGAGGUAUUUGUUUUUAUUUUCUUGCUACUGGAUACAGCAGUGUUUUUCCAAUUAUUCAUGGUGCCUUUUGUGAAAUAUAUUGUAUGUAUAGUGCACUACUAAGUCAAGAAAUGGAUAUACAGCGAUGUGUAAUUGUAAAUAUCUUGUGCUUUGGUUUUCAGAUGACACAUUUUGCCAUGAGAUUGUGGCCAAGUAUAAAUAUAACUACAACAUACAUUUAUAUUACUGGGAGUAAAUUUAAGACUCAAACUUGAAAAUAAAAUGUGCAAUUUGUCUCCUAUAUUAUAAUAGAUGGACUGAUGGUCAAAUACAGCUUGUUCUUGGUCUGAUAGUGGUCCAUACUUGUGAUCCCACAUAAUUCUGUCUCUGACAGUUGCACAAUGUGUUUUAUUUCCAACAAACUACACAAACAUGAGUCUCUCUGGUGCACUUCCCCAAAGCUGCUCUGUAGUAUUAAGGAUCUGAACUAUUAAACUCUCUGCAUCCUC